CUCAGUCACGUAGACUGUAUAGCACUUUGUACGGAGGAGGGGUUUCUAUUGGGCUAUACAUGUAGAGCCCGGACCGUGUCUCCGUUAUCGGACUCCACCACUGACACUGACAUGCAGGCCCGAAGCCUCAACUUCCCGGCCGGGAGCGGCCGCCUCUCCGUCCUCCAGCGGCACCUCAUCGCUGUUCCUGUAUCAGGGCAGGUUUCAACUGCCAGUCAUCCAACAAGCUUUCAAUAUACUUUGGAUAAUAACCUGCUGACUACAGAACAGAGACAUUUCUAUGAGGAGAAUGGCUUUGUUGUUGUGAAAAAUCUAGUGUCACAUGAGGACAUUGAUGACUUUAGGGCGGUGUUUGAGAAAGUGUGCAAGAAAGAGCUAACUGCACCUGGAUUGGUUGUCAUGCGAGAUGUAGCCAUUGCUAAAUCAGAAUAUGUUCCAGACCAGAAAGCGGUUACUAAGAUUCAGGAAUUUCAGGAGAUUCCUGAACUCUUCAGAUACUGCUGUCUUCCACAGAUUCUGAAUUAUGUGGAAUGCUUCCUUGGUCCGAACAUUAUGUCCAUGCACACAAUGCUAAUAAAUAAGCCUCCUGAUGCAGGUAAAAAGACCUCUCGUCAUCCAAUGCAUCAAGAUCUGCACUAUUUUCCAUUCAGACCAGCAGAACGUGUUGUUUGUGCCUGGACAGCAAUGGAACAUAUUGACCGUAGCAAUGGAUGUCUUGUGGUUAUUCCAGGAACACACAAAGGUGAACUAAAGCAACAUGAUUAUCCCGAAUGGGAGGGAGGAGUUAACAAGAUGUACCAUGGGGUGCGUGAUUUUGAUCCAAACAGUCCCAGAGUUCAUCUGGUAAUGGAAAAGGGGGACACUGUAUUUUUCCAUCCAACGCUUAUCCAUGGAUCUGGAAUGAACAAAACUGCAGGCUUCAGAAAGGCAAUUUCCUGCCAUUAUGCCAGCUCCGACUGCUUCUAUAUAGAUGUGAAGGGUACCUCACAGGAGAACAUUGAGAAGGAAGUUUCUGAAAUGGCUCAAAAGCGCUAUGGACUGAAUGAUGGGAUCGCUCUAAAGGAAGCAUGGAUGGCAAAAGCACGCUGUGUGCAUGGAGAAAGACUUAAUCUUUAAUGUUAUCAAUGAGGAAGAAAUCCCCCAGAUUAAAAAUCUCUGAUUUCUAUUUGGAAAAGUAUAAAAUUCUGUUUAAGAUCUUUUUGGAAAUCUCGAUGGAAAAUGCAGACCUGAUAAAACUUACCUCUACAUCGAA